GAACCGAGGGAGCCUUCUGGGGCAGGCAUGGCCUCCUCAGUGGGAGACCCCGUGGAGAGGCUUCAGGAGGAGGUGUCAUGCUCCAUCUGCUUGGAGUACCUCAGGGACCCAGUGACCAUCGAGUGUGGCCACAACUUCUGCCAGGCUUGCAUCUCCAACUACUGUGAGCGGGGAGCUGGGUCUGUGACCCAGGCGGCCCUCUGCCCACAGUGCCGGGCUGGUUUCCUGCUGAGCAGAUCGCGGCCCAACAAGCAGCUGGCCAACAUUGUGGAGGGCAUCGAGCGGCUGGCUCUGCGGCCAAGCAGAGGCCCCGGUGAGGCCUUGUGCGAGAGGCACGGCAAGAAGCUGCGGCUUUUCUGCCAAGACGACGGCGAGCCCAUCUGCCUGGUGUGUGACAAAUCCCGAGAGCACCGGGCGCACACGGUCCUGCCCAUUGAGGAGGCUGCUCAUGACUACAAGAUUAAGCUCAGGGAAGCUGUGGAUGCUCUCAGGAAGGUUCUGGGGGAAGCAUCAAAGCUGGAAGCCCAAGAGGCAGAGAAAACAGCUCGGUGGAAGGAGAAAGUGGAGGAACGCAGAGCGCUCAUUGUGUCAGGGUACGAAAGACGCCACCAGGCAAUGGCCGAAGAGGAGCAGCUGCUUUUGAGGCAGCUUCAGGAUGAGGCACAGGAGACACUGAAGAAGCUGCAGGUGAACUGGGCCUUCCUGCUUGGGCAGUGCACAAGAAUACAGGAUCUGAUCUCAGAGAUGGAGCAGAAAUGCCAGCAGCCAGCUGCCUCCCUGCUCAAGGAUGUAAAGGUCACCUUGACCAGGAGUGAGGAUGUAUCACUGCAGGAACCCCAGCCCAUCUCAAUGGAUCUACAGGACUUAUAUGAUGUUCCUCGGCUGAUGGAGUCACUCCAGAGAUACUCAGUACCGGUGACCUUCGACCCUGACACAGCGAAUCCCUACCUGCUCCUCUCUGACAACCUGCUCUGUGUGCAAGUAGGGGAUCAAAAGCAAGACCUGCCCAAGAGCUUGUCCCGCUUUGAGACAUGCACUUGCUUGCUCGGUUGUCAGCGGUUCACAACUGGGAGACACUACUGGGAAGUGUGUGUGGAGAGCAAGACCAGCUGGACCCUGGGGGUGUGCAGAGAAUCUGUGAGCCGCCAAGGAAUCUUCACUCCCUCCCCAGCAACUGGCUUCUGGACUGUGUGGCUGAGGAAUGGCAAUGAGUACGCAGCCCUCACCUCACCUCUCACGGAACUAGCUCUGAGAGCGAGGCCUGGGGCAAUAGGCGUCUUCCUGGACUACGAUGCAGGGGAGGUUUCCUUCUAUAAUGCUGAUAAUGGGUCGCACAUCUUUACCUUUGCAGACUCCUUCUCUGGACCCCUCCGGCCGUACUUCUACCCUGGGGUCCAGGCAGGGGGGCUCAACGAUGCUCCCCUCAUCAUCGACCAGCAUCCAGCAAGACAUGAAGAAAAUCUUGCUCUUCCCUCCAAUGAGUGCUAACUGUGGAACUCACUGCCAGGAGAUGGAGACAAAGUUAUAUGUGCCAAAGGAUUAGAUAUACAGCCCAGCAAGGAAGAUUUGGAAGCUGCAGUUUUUGUCUGGGAAAGAGCCACCUAAUCCACGAGUCCCAGAAAUAAUUUUCUUCCAGAAUUAGAUGUUGCCUUUCCUGAAGCAGGUGGCUUGGCUCACUUUCUUGAGUCCUUUGAUGUUGUUUGCUGUAUUAAGCGCCUUUCUGCUCCACAUCUCUUCACAUGUGGAAUCAAAAU